AUGGCGUCCUCCCCUCCUGCGAUGCAAGACCAAGGGAGGUUGCUUGAAGAGGCCCUGGGAGUGGUACGGAUGCAAUCAUCACACAUGAGGAAAUGCUUGGAAACACCAGGGAAGCUUAUGGACGCUCUGAAAUGCGGCUCUACUCUUGUUUCCGAGCUUCGUACGCCUACUUUAGGUCCGAAGCAAUACUACGAACUCUACAUGGCCGUCUUCGAUGCUCUUCGGCACCUGUCCGAGUAUCUCCGCGAGUCCCAUCCUGUCAACCAUCUCGCCGAUCUGUACGAACUUGUUCAAUAUGCGGGCAACAUCAUACCCAGGCUAUACCUUAUGAUCACCGUAGGCACAGUCUACAUGGCCGUAGAGGAUGCACCGGUGAAAGAGAUCAUGAAAGACAUGAUGGAGAUGAGCCGAGGUGUGCAGCAUCCAAUUCGUGGUCUCUUCUUGAGAUACUACCUCAGCGGGCAAGCAAGGGACUAUCUGCCUACAGGCGAAGGAGAUGGCCCGCAAGGAAAUCUUCAGGACUCUAUAAACUUCGUUUUGACGAAUUUUGUAGAGAUGAACAAGCUAUGGGUACGGUGGCAGCACCAGGGUCACUCACGUGAAAGGGAGCAGAGAACGCAGGAACGAAGAGAGCUAGAGCUGUUGGUUGGCAGCAAUCUAGUUCGACUGAGUCAGCUCGUCGACCUCGAGACAUACAGAAAAACCAUUCUAUCCCCUUUACUGGAGCAAGUCGUGGCAUGUAGGGACGUUCUUGCCCAGGAAUACCUCCUUGAAGUCAUCACCAAGGUGUUUCCCGAUGAGUAUCAUUUGCAUACGCUAGAUCAAAUCCUCUCGGCGAUUGCUAGGCUCAAUCCACAUGUUGAUAUGAAGAAGAUCGUCAUCGGCCUAAUGGAUAGGCUAUCCUCAUUUGCGCAGCGGCAAGCGGAGGAAGACGCAUCAGCUACAGAGAGGCAAAAGGCUGAGCAGGAGGCCACUAGUCGAUUAUUUGAGAAGAUGCGGCUGGCAAAAGAAACAAAUCCUCAGUCUCCCAAGAAGGUUAAUGGCACAGAGGAUGCUGAUGAAGUGAAUGGCAUCAAAUCCAAUGAGCAAGUUUCGGGUUCGAAUGGAUCAGUAGAGGAGCCAACAGCAACCGAAAUUGACGACAGUACUCCUGCUUCGAAAACUUCCAAACCAAGCAUUCUGGCCGAUGUGAAGCUGUACGAGAUCUUCUACGACCAGGUCGUCAGUCUUGUAAAGACCAGGGGACUUAGCAUACAAGACACAAUGGGCUUACUCACGUCACUCGUCAAUCUCGCACUUAACAUAUACCCAGACAAACUAGAAUAUGUUGAUCAGAUAUUGUCAUACGCGAGCCAAAAAACCAAUGAAUACAUGGACAGUCCAGACCUUCACUCACCAGCAGCGCAGUCUAAUAUGCUCAACCUUCUACUGGCGCCCAUUAGAACUUACUAUUCGCUCUUCACGGCUCUUGUGCUUCCCAAUUACAUUCCCCUUUUCUCCUCACAAACAUACUCGACCCGCAGGGCUGUGGCCGGUGAGAUCGCCAGAAGCAUCCUCCGAAAUCGUGUCAAAAUAUCAACAUCGGAACAACUUGAAGGCGUCCUGUCGUUACUGAAAGUCUUGAUCAGGGAAGGUAUCCAACAGCCAAGUGGGUACCCAGGUCUCGGUGCCAGACAAAGAGGUGGCGAAACCGAUGAGACCCUUGAGGAACAGGGCUGGCUCGCAAGGAUAGUUCAUCUUGUGCAAGCCUCCGACAAUGACACACAACUUCAGCUCCUCCAGCAGUUACGCAAAGCAUAUGACGCCGGAAAUGAACGCAUCAGAUAUACCAGCCCAGCACUGAUAACAUCAUCAUGGUCACUCGCUCGGAAAUACAAAUCACGGGAGCACUACGAAGACAACUGGUCUACUCAGUCUUCUACUUUAUAUCGUUUUAUGCAUCAGUCGCUCACCACUCUCUACACUCGUGUUUCGCCGUCUUCGGCAGAACUUUGCCUCCGACUUUUCAUCUCCUGCGGACAGAUAGCCGAUCAGUGUGGAUUUGAAGAAUUUGCAUACGAGUUCUUUGCUCAAGCCUUUACAAUUUAUGAGGACAGCAUCAGUGACAGCCGGGCACAAUUUCAGGCUGUUUGUAUAAUUGCUGGAGCACUGCAAAGUACCCGAGGUUUUGGAAAAGAGAACUAUGAUACUCUGAUUACCAAGGCCGCAUUACACGGUAGCAAGCUUCUGAAGAAGCCGGAUCAAUGUCGAGCGGUUUACCUAGCAAGCCACCUGUGGUGGGGAAUUGAGAUUCCAGCCAGAGGUGAAGAGGAUGCGAAGAAUCUCUACCGCGAUGGCAAGCGUGUCCUUGAGUGCCUGCAAAGAGCGCUUCGCGUUGCAGAUGCUUGCAUGGACACAUCUGUGUCGGUGGAGCUGUUUGUGGAAAUCUUGAAUCGCUACGUCUACUAUUUCGACCAGCAGAAUGAGACGGUUACAACAAAAUACCUAAAUGGACUGAUCGAGCUGAUCCAUUCCAACCUCUCCACCAACCAGGAAGGCAGCCCUGCCACGCUGGAAAAUCCGAAGCGACAUUUCUUCCGAACAUUAGAGUAUAUCAAAGGCAGAGAAUACGAGGGCGUUGUGACAGAAGCGAGACAAUAA